GGUAAGCAAAGAAGAACAGCCUGUGGCGGAGGGGGCGCUGCUGUGGUGGGCGGGUGACUGGAACAGCCACCAGAGCCGUCACCUCUCGCGGGCGGGGGGCGGACCCACGAGCUGGCGCCAUCGCGGCGGGGGCCGGAGUGAGUCGCCGGAGCAGGGAAGAGCCGGCGCUGCCUGCGGAGGGAGGAGCGCACGGCGGCCGGGAACAGCCGGUGGAACUAGCCUGGGAGCCGGCGGCGGCGGCUGCUCAGUGAUCACGGCGGAGCGAGGAGGGAGCGAUCGCAGGCCGAGCCCCGGCGGAGAUGGAGCGGAAGAGGUGGGAGUGCUCAGCCCUCCCGCAGGGAUGGAAAAGGGAAGAAGUGACCAGAAAGUCGGGGCUCUCAGCCGGCAAGAGUGAUGUCUAUUACUAUAGCCCAAGUGGGAAGAAGUUCCGAAGCAAGCCUCAGCUGGCCCGUUACCUGGGGAGCUCAAUGGACUUGAGCACUUUUGACUUUCGCACAGGCAAAAUGCUGAUGAGUAAGAUGAAUAAGAACAGACAGAGGAUGCGCUAUGACUGUUCUAACCAAGCCAAAGGUAAACCUGAUUUAAACACCGCACUCCCUGUCAGACAGACAGCCUCAAUCUUCAAGCAGCCUGUCACUAAGAUCACAAAUCAUCCCAGCAACAAAGUGAAGAGUGAUCCCCAGAAAGCUGUGGAUCAGCCCCGUCAGCUCUUCUGGGAAAAGAAACUAAGUGGACUGAAUGCCUUUGACAUUGCAGAAGAGCUGGUGAAAACAAUGGACCUUCCAAAGGGUUUACAAGGGGUUGGACCUGGUUGCACAGAUGAAACCCUCCUGUCUGCUAUAGCUAGUGCCUUGCACACUAGCACCAUGCCCAUCACUGGACAGCUCUCUGCAGCUGUGGAGAAGAACCCUGGAGUUUGGCUAAACACCUCGCAGCCGCUCUGCAAAGCAUUUAUGGUGACGGAUGAAGAUAUUAGGAAGCAGGAGGAGCUUGUACAGCAGGUGCGGAAGAGGCUGGAGGAAGCACUGAUGGCUGACAUGCUCGCCCAUGUGGAGGAAAUAGCAAGGGAUGGGGAAGCUCCUUCAGAGAAGGAAGGGGGUGAUGAAGAAGGGGAGGAGGAAGAGGAGGAACAAGACCAUGACCAGGAGAUGGAGAAUGUAUAGUCCAGGGAGUUCCAUCUAAGAAUUCCUAGUCUAAACCCUGUCAGCAGGGUCAGCACAACUAAUUACAAAGCCAAGAGUGUCUGCAGACUAAAUUGCACCAACCAUCCACCUGUACCUUUUGAGCGUGUUCGAUGUCCACUUCAGGAAAAAGUUGAGAAGCUGAUUGCUCAUUAAUUGCUGGGUAUUUUUGAAGAUGAACUAAACUAAACUACACUUCCCCCUCCUUUUCUAAAGGCUCAGGAGAAUACAAAAGUGUGAAGGGGAAUAAAGGAAUGCAAAAGUGGGGGGGAGAGCUAAAA